AUGACGGGCUCAGCCGUCGAAUCGCGCCCGACGAGCAGCGUCAACUCGUCGCGCCAGGUGCGCUCGCAGAGCAUCUCCAGCGACAGACCUGCGCGCCAAUCGCGGUCACAGAGCAUAUCGAGCGAUAGGCCAUCGACCGCAAGCCACUCGUUCUUUGCGCCGCCGCUGUCUGUAUCGCCAGAAGCCGCCUUCAUCGCUUCUACUGCCGCUUCCCAAAUUAUCACCAACGACCACGAUGGACAGCCAAAUCCCUGGUACGACCAGCAUGGCGUCGUGCCCUCCAGGGAAGCCGCUCUGAUAACCCCCGCCGCCCUGCAGCUCGUCAACAGCUUCCUCGACCAGCUUCUGCUAAACUUCCUGCAAGUUGCCAGAUCGACCUCGCUCUCAGCCUUGCGACCAGCCGUCUCGGACGUACUCAAGCCCAAGUUGGCCAAGGAAACCAUCACGAACGCCGACGAAGAGUUGAAGGAGUACAUUGGUGGCUCUGAGGAUGAGGAAUAUACCGACCCUCAGAGUCCAAGGGGAGACUGGGAUGUUGAGUUGGCCUGGAAGCGAGCCCGACUGCGUUGCAUGGUCUACUCCUCCCUAGGAGACUUGGAGGAAGACGACGAAGACAAGUACAUGAAGCAAGAACAUCUCGAAGUGGGCGAAAAUGAACAGGCCUCCGACAUCAUCUCGCCUGCCGUUGCCAUCUUCCUCACUUCCGUCCUGGAAUACAUCGGCGAGCUCACGCUCACCGUUGCAGGGCAGGCGGCCAGCCAAAGAAUGCGCGCCAGGUUGGAGAGGGAGCUCAAGGAUGGAACGCGUAGCCCUGCUGCCCUUGUCGAAAGAGUCAUCGUGGAGGAUGUUGACAUGGAACGGGUCGCGCUUGAUCGGACUCUUGGUCGCUUAUGGCGAGGAUGGAAGAAGAGGCUGCGUGCGCCGGUGGCCGAGUUCGCCCCCGGCCGAUCUCCCCAUAUUAGCCAUAUGAUAACAGAUGGCCUCGCCAACAGCCUCAACGAUCGCAAGGCUCCUACCACUGAAGAUGAGGCUAGCCCUGCCGAGGUGCACGAACAGCCGGAGAGUCUCGUGGCAGACGACCUUCUUCCCAUGAACAUUCCGCUACCUAUGGGAGACAAUGAUAUUGCCGAGAUCGAGGUGCCGGGCUUGGCACACUACAGUGAUGAAGAAGAGGAGGACGAGGCGGAAGAAGAUGGAUUUGACGCGCGCCGCGUCAAGUCAUUCGCUGGAUCGACCUCCUUACUCGAAGAUUCUCUGGCUUCGGAGUCCGGUCACUACGCCACCUUGCUGGGCCUUCACAGGAGAUCUACUUCUCUGCCGACGAGAGGGUCGGUUUUCUACGCCACGGCACGGCCGAGCUCCAAAGCUGUCGAAGCCGAAAGCGAUGUCGCGCAGCCAAAGGAGGCAGAAGCAACUCCUGAGAACCCGGAUAGCUCUUCCAAGCAAGGCCGUGACUCGGAUGAUGGCGGCUCAGACGAUCUGGAUGAGUUUGUAUACGAAAAGGCCGAGAUUCUGACUUCGUCGAGGGUGUCUGUCUCGAGCAAUUCUUCUCGCUCCGUCUCAGAUUCGAGUAAGGUUCUGCAUCUGAGCCGGUCGUCGAGUGUACGCUCGGCGCGCCUCAUCGACGUCCCACCCCGCAGUCCCGUCACUACUCGUCCACCAUCGCAGGAGUUGGCCGAGCGACCGCGGGCAAAGACCGUUUCUGGCUCUAGUCCUCUGUCGCGCGCGGGAGGCGCCGACGAGCUACGGACAGCCAAGGCAAUCGACACCAGCUUGCGGACGGCAGUGUCUGUGGCUGCCGCACGGUCGCCUGUAGAGAGGACAAGACCGCCGGUCCGAAACGCAGAAACCAUCUCAGAGUCCGACGAAGACACUGACCAAGUGAGCACUACCCUCACACCUAUUUCGUCGUCUCGAACCCGGGAUCAGCUCGGCCGCCUCCCACAUGGCCUGCAGACGAACAUGAGGACUGCUGAUCGAAGCCUGCCGGCUGUCCAAAGCGACCAGGCUCACCAUGGCGCCCGCGGAGAGUCGUUGCGAGCCACCAAAAGCGCCACCGACACCCAGUUUUCGGAUAUUCCUUACAGGGCCGCGGCGUAUCCGAGUCGACAGUCUCCCAGGCCUGCGGCUGAACAGACGGUGCUGGAGGAGAGCGAGGAAGCUGCGUCGCCGCUGAGUUCCGGCGUUCCCCCACGACCAAACCACACGUCCAACUCGUCCACAUCUUCGAUUCCCAGCCGAUUCAGAGCGGUUAGGACCAUCUCUGACGACGCCUCGAGCCGUGCAGAGAGCAUGGCGCGCACAUUUGAAGAGCUCAUUCAAAGCAACCAAACCAUUACAUACACGCUGACUCCCGAGAACAUGCGUGAUAUCGACGUUCCAACUCCACAUGAGAGUCCUGUUGUGACCAAGACCACUCGGAAGAGCGAGGAUCUGAUGCGACCGUCACCAACGCCUUCGAAUGCCUCACCCUCGAAUUCACGAACGCAGCCCUCCAGCCCCAAGACUUCCACGGAGAGCAAGCCCAAGCUCUCUGGGCCGAUUCCUCGGGCUCCACCGGGAGCUACCUCUCUGUCUGGCCGCAUGGGCGUUUCCAAGGCUCGUGAUGCUCGUGCGCCCGGCGAGUCGCUUUCGGACUUUGCCGACUUUCUCAAGUCUACAGGUCCUCCGGGCGACAGAGCGCCUGCCGCUCUGCGCAAUGCCCACAAUCCCGUCACCUCGACCAAGAGCUUCAUGGAAUCCCAGCAAACCAUUUCCACAACGGCCAGUCGCAACAAUAACCGAAGUCGCUACCAGCCCCGAGAGGCCGCUGCUACCAGCAGAAAUGACAACUCGGACCUGAUCGACUUUAUCCGACAAGGCCCACCCAUCCCAGGUAGCCAGAACCACAUUCCCCAGCAUGUGGCUCCUUUCCGCAACACGAUGGAAUCGGAGAUGAUGUCAGGUGCUGGAGGAGGCCGAGCAGUGGAUGCGGUUCUGCCAGACAUGCGGCAUAGCCAGACUUCCACAGACAAUUCGAUGCCGUCAGUACACACGUCCAUCAACUCCAGCUCCGCGCUUCUCAAAAACCAGGGCAGGUCAAAGAUGAGCAAGAUGUUUGGUGAAGAAGAUGAAGAUGACGAUAUGGUCAUGCCCAUGCCUGUGAGGAAAACUCGCCGUGUUCGCGAUCCAUAUGCGAUUGAUUUCAGCGACGAGGACGAGGACGAUGACGACUUUGACAUGGCCCCCAGGCCUCCCGCCAAGAAAGAAGAGAGUCUGGCGGAGUUCCUGCUCAAUUGCGAACCUCCUCCUGCGCCACCGCCGCCACCCCCGGCUUCGUCCAUGAUGCCAAAGAAGAAGACGAGCACGCCCAGUCUCAUUGGACGCUUUACUCGCAGCGGCUCCAAGGAGACCAACACCUUGGUUGACUCUCGAUCACUCAGCAGCCGCGCUGGCGCCAUGGGCUUCACCAACGACGUCCGUUCGCUUAAUAGCCGCGUGGGACUCGCCAGCAAGCACGUUCCGAUCCAGAUGCCGCCAGGGUACGACAAGUACGGACCGAUCACCGCCAAUCCUCCUCCCGUUAGCAUGGCCUCGAUGGAUCGACCUCCUCCGAUGAGAAAGGCUUCCAUAGAGCGACCGCCUACCGUGGGCCGAGUCACAAUGAAGCGAUUCGAGCCCCGGGAGCCUGCGUCUCUUGGUGAGACGGCAGACCUGGCAAGAUUCCUGCGCGAAUCGGAGCCUCCGCCAGAAUUUGUCCCUCCCAAGACUGCCAGCCAGCAAGACGAGCCCAGCGGAUUCUCCAAGAUGUUUGGCCGGAGAAGGAAGGCAUCAGUUGCUUGA